AUGGAUAGUUAUACUCUUAAUGCAACAAGAAUACUUGUACAAGCUAUUUUAACAAUAACCGCUGACGAUCGUCAUUCAUCUAGUGUACAAUCUGUAUGUCAAUAUAUUUAUUGUUCAUUUUCUCUAAAUGAUCAAGAAGAUAAUAAUGAAACAUGUCAUGUUACAGCAACCAAAUUAUUUUUACCUGAAGAAGUACGACAACAAAAAAAUUUAAAUUUUAUUUUAUUUGUCAAAUAUAUAAAACUCUAUAUUUAUCCAUUACUUAUUUUCAUGGGUAUAUUUGGAAAUGGUUUAUCAUGUUUUAUUAUGUUUCUUAAUGUUCGUCGUAAUGGAUAUACAGCAAAUCUUUAUUUAGCCUUAUUAGCAUUUGUUGAUUGCUUAUUUUUAUUAGGUAGUGCAUUACCUGAUUGGAUAUCUCAUAUAGACAAUAAACUUGAUAUAAAACUUUUAUCAGAUUUUUGUUGUCGUUUUGUUUAUUGGUUUGGAAAUUUUAUAACACAUUUAUCAGCUGGUCUUGUUGUUAGUAUUACAGUUGAACGUUUUAUUGCAAUACAAUAUCCAUUGAUUGCUCAUAAGAUUCAUACUGUUAAACGUACACAUAUGGUAUUAAUUAUUUUAAUAACUUUCUUCUUUUUAUUGGAUAGUCGAAUUUUUAUUCUUGUUAAACAUUUAAAUGACAGCAUACAUAUUGUAUUAACUUGUCAUAAUGAUACAUAUAUUACAUAUGAAAGACGAGAUAUAUUACGAUGUAGUCUAGCAAAUGAAACUUAUAAACAAAUGUGGGUUUUGAUUGAUUUUGCUGUUUAUAAUUUAAUACCUUUUUCUAUUAUUAUUACACUUAAUUGUUUAAUUAUACGUCGUUUAAUUGAUGCACAACGUUUAAGACAACAUAUGUUUCAUCCUAAAAAUACAUCAACAAAAUAUGAAGAACAAAGUUCAAAUCGAAAUGUGUCUGACAAUAGUCAAAUAGUAACUGAAAAACAUCGACGAUUAAGACAUUUUCGAUCAAUUCCAGCAACAGUACUAUCACCAAUUAUAUCUCGUCGAUCAACAAAUCAACGUUCUUUACGUUCUACUAUAAAACAAUCAAGUGUAUCAAUUGAAUCAUCAUUAGAAACUAAAAUUCGUUCUCAUUAUCAAUAUGAAAGUUCUCUAAUACGUCAAACAACAAAUAUAAAUAAUAUGCGUUUAACAAUAUUACUAUUAUUUGUUUCCUGUUCAUUUUUAAUUUUAACUUUACCAGCUGUUGUACUCAAUUUAUUAAUGUCAACAAAAUUACAAAAAACAAAAUCAUUAACAUUUAAAAAUUAUUUCAGUUCAACUGAUGAUAAUUUAUAUUCGGAUAUAAAUAAUUAUUAUACAAUAGCACGUUUAUUAAUGAUUGUAAAUCAUUCAAUAAAUUUUAUACUUUAUUUUGUUGUUGGUAAACGUUUUCGUCGUGAUUUAAAAAAUCUUUGUCUUAAAUAUUGUAGACGAUAA